GGUAUAUAUGUAACAAAAAUUAGUGAUGGUAUGCAAUAAUGAAGGGUGGGUUGGGACCAACAAUAUGUCAGGGCGUGGGAGAGAUGACGAACAUGACAUUGUCGGUCGUUUUUUGCUUCUUAAUCUCACCAACUCACUUGUUUCUCUUCCCUCUCCCUCUCUCCAACCAACCUGUCUCUUGUUGCAAACCACCCCAACACACCACCACCCCUCUUCAAUUCCUCUUCUCUCAUUAGAUUCUCUCUCCACCAAACUCUAAUUAGUACAAAUGAUUUCCAAUUCCAUGGCUGUUGAGAUUUGCCUCAUAAACCCCCAAUUUAGAGUUAGUUAAAGCUCCAAUAGUGAUCACUUUUCACAUUUCUAGGGUUUCCUCUUUACAUAUAAUCAAAUCAACGAUGUCUUUACCCGGCGAGGACAAGGAAAUGAGGGUACAACUACAACCCGCUUCUUCACUACGCUACACCAAACCCGACCCGUUGUCCGGAUCCAAGCCCAAACCAGCCCGCUUGAGCUACCGCGAGUGCCUUAAAAACCACGCCGCGAACGUGGGCGGCAACGUCACCGACGGCUGCGGCGAAUUCAUGCCCAGCGGCGGCGACGGCACGCUCGAGGCCCUCAAGUGCGCCGCCUGCUCCUGUCACCGCAAUUUCCACCGCAAAGACCCCUCCGCCGCAAUUGUGCAGCCGCUUCAGCUCCCGGCGCCGCCGGUGAAGAUGGCAUUCGAGGAGUCGUCGAGCGAGGAGCUGAAUUUCAACGAGGUGGCGCCGAGGAAGAGGUUUAGGACGAAGUUCACGGCGGAGCAGAAGGGGAGGAUGCUGGAGCUGGCGGAGAAGGUGGGGUGGAGGAUCCCGAGGGAGGACGACGCCGAGGUGCAGAGAUUUUGCGCCGAGGUUGGAGUCAAGAGGCAGGUUUUCAAAGUCUGGAUGCAUAAUAACAAGACUGCUGCUUCUUCCUCUUCCGCUUCCAAGAAACUUCCACAUGAAUUCUAGAACCUUCUUAUUGUUUUUUUUGUUGAGUAUUAGGAGGAGUACUAGUUAAUUAGAUGAGGCAUGUGAUGGGUAGAUUGAGAUUGUUAUGUUGAUAUAUGGAUUAUGCAUGCCUUCUUUCUUAGCAACUAAGAACUUGAUUUCUCUCUAUUCAUAAUAGUAUCUAUUUUAUGCGUUUCUUUUCAA